AGAGAAAGACGAGUGUGGAUAGCAGAAAGAGUUGUGAGGUCGGGUUGGAUUCCAAGAAUUUUUGAAAAUGGCGACGGCGUUUGCGGCAGCAACUUCCUCCACGGCCAUCGCCGGUGUCUUACCUCGUCUUCCUACCACCACCACCACUCCCCGUUGCUCGGCGUUACCACACCUACCAGCUCGUUCGUUUUCGACUUCCAUCAAACAGGUUUCAGUGUCACGAAGGUCAUCUGUGUUCCAGAUCAAGGCCUCAGAAGAUGCAUCAUCUUCUGCUGAUCCUAAUGAGUUGUUCAAUGACUUGAAGGAAAAGUGGGAUGCACUUGAAAACAAGUCGACAGUUAUAGUCUACGGCGGAGGAGCAGUUGUUGCGAUUUGGCUAUCUUCAAUUGUUGUUGGUGCCAUCAACUCAGUGCCAUUGCUUCCAAAGAUCUUGGAGUUGGUAGGACUUGGAUACACCGGAUGGUUUGUCUACCGAUAUCUUCUGUUCAAGUCGAGCAGAAAAGAGUUGGCAACAGAUAUCGAGUCCAUAAAGAAGAAGAUUGCAGGAACCGAGUAGAUGGUUAUUAUGGUUGGAGCAAAAGUUAGCGAUAUCAUGUGUUAAUCGGUUUGAAUUUGAAUUUGAAUUUGAAUUUGAUUUUCUCCCUUGUUUUUGGAAAUGUACAAUAUAGUCUUGGUUAUGUGAUGCAGUAUAGGUUUUUACAUGUAAUAUGCAUACACCUGCUCUUGAUUUCUUCCUUUCUUUCCAAUAAAAUUUGUGUAAGUUAGUAA